AUCCGGCUCAACUCAAGUCUACGCACUCCCAACCUCGCCCCCGCCUACCCAUUCCUUCUCUCGCUACGGCCACGCGCUCACCUACCCAGAGAACCCACCUCCCACCUCGUCGGAGACAAUCACCUGCCCCGGCCCUCCUUUAGGCCCCCGACGCCGAAGCUGACGGAGGCGAUGGCAGUGGAGGCCGCGGUGGAGAAGAGCGCCGCCGGCGCCGCCGCUGUUGCUAGCGGAGGCGGAGUAGCCCCGGAGAGCGGCGCGGAGAGGCGGUCCCGGUUCCGGCGGAUCUGCGUCUACUGCGGCAGCGCCAAGGGCCGCAAGGCCAGCUACCAGGACGCCGCCAUCGAGCUCGGCAAGGAGCUGGUGGAGAGGGGCAUCGACCUGGUCUACGGAGGAGGCUCCAUUGGCCUCAUGGGCCUGGUCUCCCACGCAGUUCAUGAUGGAGGACGCCAUGUGAUUGGGGUCAUCCCCAAGUCCUUGAUGCCCAGAGAGGUCACUGGAGAACCUGUUGGGGAAGUGAGAGCCGUCUCGGGGAUGCAUGAGAGGAAGGCCGAAAUGGUUCGGUUUGCUGACGCUUUCAUUGCAUUGCCUGGUGGCUACGGGACUUUGGAUGAGCUGCUCGAGGUCCUCACCUGGGCACAACUAGGAAUCCAUAACAAGCCGAUUGGCCUUCUGAACGUCGACGGGUUCUACAAUUGCCUCCUAUCGUUCAUCGACAUGGCUGUCAGAGAAGGAUUCAUAAAGGAGGAUGCGAGGCGCCUUGUCAUCUCAGCUCCUACUGCCAAGGAGCUGAUGCUGAAGCUUGAGGAGCAUGUUCCGGAGUACGAGAUCGGCUUGGUGUGGGAGGAUCCGGGCCAGAUCCCACACGGCUUCGCGCAGGAGCUGGAGCCCGGGAUCGUGUCGUCCUGAUUGGGACCUAGAAGCGUUUCUCAGCCAGGCGAACUCUAAGUAGUAGUACUAGUAACAUCUAACCGAACCCCCCACAAAAAAAAAAGAAAAAAAGAAGAAGAUCCAUUGUGCUUGUCCUUAUCAGUGGAUGCUUUUGUCAGUUGUGACUACUGCCAUGACAGUAUUAUUAGCACUUAGCAGUGCGCUCGGUGAUGAUGUGUUCUUUUGGUCGUAGCUAGAGUACUCCAGCUAAAUAGCUAGAAGGGGAAAUUAUGAUGUAUAAAUGUGUCAUGUAGUAGCAGCAGCAGCAGUUUGCCCCCCUCCC